AUGGCUUCACCUACAACAGCCGUUGACAAAUUGUUCGUCUGCCCUGGAUGUCAGAGGGGUGGCUUCAAGAGCACUGUUGCCGUCAAGGCUCAUUUUGAGUCCAAAGGCCACAAACUUGCUUGCAGCCCCUGCGACAGAUCUUUUGGAAAUGUAACGGCGUUACUCAAGCACUCCCAGAAGCAUGAAAAGCCCCUAGAUGCUUCCGAUCUCAAACCUCUCAAGUCGGCAAAGCCAGCGCCAAAGAACACAAAGCAGCAGAAGCCCCAAGAUCUUUCCGAGCUCUUGUCCACCAACCCUGCGAACCCGAAUCCAAAGCCUCUGAAAUCUACGAAGUACCCCGAACUGUCCGAGUCUUUUGUCAAGCCUGCAAAGCCAUCACCAAAGACCAAGUCACACGAUCACCCCGGUCCGUUGUCUUCCAACCCUACCAACCCUACAAAAUCUACCACAAAGAAAACAAAGCUUGAAAAGUCUCAGGAUCUGUUUGAGUCUUUGUCUGUCAAAGCUGCGAACCCCACUUCAAAGAAACCAAAGACUGAGAAGUCCCUGGAUCGCUCUGAGAUUUUGCCUGCCAAGCCUGCAAAGCCAAAUAAGAAGCGCGCAUCAAACCAGACCCCAGCCCAUGCUCCAGUGAGGACAAAGGCUCUUGAAGACCUAUGGAACAACUCCUCUGAACCUGAUCACCCGAAUGCAUCAUCACCUGCCAUCCAAAAUGCAAACUAUCAUGUUAUCCUCGAGCCGCUCGAGCAAAAUUUGAUUUUUCGCUACUUGUCGGCACGAUGUCACUCGGACACUCGUCUGAUUACCCGAGGCUUUACCUUUCGGGCUGGCUUGGCAGAUGUUAGCAGACGCCCGUCAAAGAAGCCCCCUCCAAAGACAGGACAUUUCCGCCAAGUUCCUCGCUCCUCAGACAGCUUACCGAAAAGGAAAGCAAUCGUUCUUGACUGCGAGAUGGUGCAAGUCGAAGCCGGGCGUCGAGAGCUUGCUUUUUUGAGCGCAAUUGACUUUUUGACUGGCGAGGUUCUCAUCGACAAUUAUGUGCAGCCGAAAUCGAGAGUCGUGAAUUGGGAUUCUCGGUUCAGUGGGGUGACUCCUGGCGCCAUGAACAAAGCUGUGAAGAAAGGGACGGCGUUGUUUGGCUGGGAAGGAGCGCGCUCGAAAUUAUGGGAGUUCAUGGAUAGCGAAACUGUCCUCAUUGGUCAUUCUCUCAACAAUGAUCUUGACGUCUUGGGUAUCAUCCACUGGAACAUUGUUGACUCCUCUAUCAUUACCAGCGAAGCGGUGUUUUACACUGUACACGCCGGUGAACCACUCAACCGCACAUGGAGUCUGAAGACUCUUACCAAUGAGUUGGUAAACUAUGAGAUACAAGUCGGGAAACAGGGGCACAGUGCACUGGAGGAUGCACAUGCAACACGGGACAUUGUGAUCUGGUGUCUAAGAUAUCCGGAGCACCUGAAGGUUUGGGCAGACAAUGCCCGGGACCAAGAGGAGCAGCGCAUGUAUGAGAGGGAGUUGAAGAGGACGACAGAGGAGGAGGUGAAGGAACAAAAGAGAAAACAUGAUAUGGAGAUAAAGAUCCAGAUGUUGUCUCGUGGUGUUACUGGUUUGGAUGUGCAUGACAUUGGCCUUUCUGAUGAUGAUGCUAAUGGCCCUGACCAUUCUUUUGUCAACCACGAUGGGGAUGACGUUGACUACGAACCGGUAACUAUUGAAGCAGCUGCAGCUUCAUUCUUUUGA